AUGGGUUUCUGGCGUCGGCACGGUUCGACACCUCAGGACCUGCUCCUCCUCAUUGAAACGGUUUUAUGUGAUACAGCAUAUCUGGGAGCGAAACGUCUAGAGUUUGGUGGUGGAGAAAAGAAGGAUUUUCACGGUCACCACGUGGUCAUUGUUGGAAUCGACGCAAAUGCGAAAAUGGGACUUGAACAAGAAUCCGAUGUGCUAGGAAAAUAG